GGGGAAAACGCUAUGCCACUAGACCGGAAGUCGUGGGAAUACCGGAGAGAUAUGGAUCUAUCAGACGUGCUCACUUUACAGGAACUCAUUGCUACACUAGCGGAGACUGUUAGUUGCGGUGGUAACCUGUUAGUUAACAUUGGGCCAACGUCUGAUGGGACUAUUCCCCCGGUGUUUGAGGAGCGACUCCUACAGAUGGGACAAUGGCUUGGAGUCAAUGCUGAUGCUAUAUACGACAAUAAACCCUGGCACUACCAGAAUGAUACCACACCUCGAGGGUAUGGAUGA